CUCACCAAUUCAUCACACCCUCUCAAUCCGCUAUCCUUUCACUCCCAUUUUUUCAAUUACCUUCUCUUCUCCAACCUCUCGCGGCUGCCGAGAUAUGGAGAGAACUACAUAGAAUUGCCGGAUUUCACAAUCCGAUCCACUCCAAAUCCGGCACUAGGACUCGGAAAACCGCCUUCCCGGAAAUACCCAUGUUUCAAAAUUCAAAUCUUCAUUGAGAAUUCAUCCCAAUACAAUUAAAAGAAAGAAAAAAAGAAAUCAAGAGGAAUGGUACUCCGAGCCCUUCUCCUCACAUUUUUCUUGGUUUCUUACAUAGUUUCUAAAAGCCAUGCACAAGACUACGAUGAAGAAAAAGCCGCACCCCCACCGGCGUUAAACAACUGCAAUGGGGUUUUUCUAUCAUACGCCUUCAAUUCGCGGGAAAAGGAGUUUCCGUUUGUAAAGAAUGCGACAGCGCAGGCCUAUGCAUUUCAAGCCUCGGUGAUGAUAUUGAAUGCCAGCCCUAACGAUCUCAAGGCGUGGAAGAUUUUUAUCGGUUUUCAAUAUGAUGAGAUCUUGGUGUCAGCUGAUGGGGCCGUUCUUAUGGAUGGUGAGGAUUUUCCUGCUCGUGUGGGGAAUGGGACGUAUCUAUCUGGUUAUCCGCAGACAGAUUUGAAAACUUCGAUAGAGACGGCUGCUGAUUGGAAUCAAAUUCAGGCGACCAUCGAUCUCAAGGGAACGCAGUUUGGGUUGAAACCGCCAAGGACUCCAAUGCCAAAGACGAUACGGCUUGCCAAUGAUGGUUUUAAGUGCCCGGCUCCGGUUCGUCACAAGACAGAAAUGCAUGUGUGCUGCGUCUUGAACCCUAAAUUCAAGCCCAACGUCACCAAACCGACUAAGUUCCUACCCCGUCAGGACGGCGAUCUCCUCAUCUCUUACGAUGUAAUAAAUUCUUUUGGAGGAAACUACAUGGCCCAGGUGUUGAUUGACAACAAACACCCGCUAGGCCGCCUAGACAACUGGAACCUAACAUGGGAAUGGAUGAGAGGAGAGUUCAUCUACUCAAUGAAGGGAGCCUACACGCACAAGAUAAGCUAUGCAGACUGCCUCUACGGCGAGGCCGGGAAGUACUAUAAAGACUUCGAUUUCACUCCCGUCAUGAACUGUGAGAAGAAGCCAAUCAUUUCAGAUCUCCCUCCUGACCGAGAGAAGGACGAUGUAGUUGGAAACAUACCCUUCUGCUGUCGGAAUGGUAGUCUUUUGCCUACUUCCAUGGACGAGACCAAAUCAAAGGCUGCCUUCCAAUUAAUAGUGUAUAAGAUCCCGCCCGACAUGAACCGGACUGCUCUAUAUGCACCCCAGCAUUGGAAGAUCAAUGGAGUCCUCAAUCCAGCCUAUAAAUGUGGACAGCCCAUUAGAGUAAACCCGACAGAGUUCCCAGACAAGACCGGGCUGCCGGCGGUGACAUAUGCCAUUGCUAGCUGGCAAGUAGUAUGCAACAUAACUCGGCCGAAGAACAAGAAUGCUCGGUGUUGCGUUUCAUUCUCCGCCUUCUACAAUGACACUGUCGUCCCAUGCAAUACUUGCGCUUGUGGAUGUGAUGACACAUCGAAUUGCAAUCCGGACGCCCCAGCAUUGCUCCUCCCAUCAGAAGCUCUUCUUGUUCCAUUCGAGAACCGGACGGCAAAGGCCAAAGCUUGGGCUAAAAUAAAACAUUAUCCCAUCCCCAAGCGUCUACCGUGCGCUGAUAACUGUGGUGUUAGCAUCAAUUGGCACAUAUUCACCGACUACCGGAAAGGAUGGACAGCCAGGAUGACUUUAUUCAAUUGGGAUGAAUACACAUUCAUAGAUUGGUUCACGGCGAUUCAGAUGCGCAAGGGCUACUACCGCGGCUACGAGAAUGUGUAUUCAUUCAAUGGAACAAAGAUGCCAGAAAUCAACAACACCAUCUUCUUCCAGGGCCUGUUGGGAUUGAAUUAUCUGAUUGGUGAGACAAAUGGGACUAAACCGUCUGUGGACCCACGUGUGCCUGGGAAGCAACAAUCAGUUAUUUCAUUUACGAAAAGACGGACGCCGGGGAUCAACAUAGCUGCUGGUGAUGGAUUUCCUUCGAAGGUGUAUUUCAAUGGGGAGGAAUGUGCAAUGCCUACCCAUGUUCCAACAGCAGACGCACAUCGAUCCCGUGUUAAUUUACUACCCAUGAUUUUCAUCACAGUAAUGAUCUUUGUGUUGACGACAGAUCGACUCUGCUGAUGAUAAUACAGGUUUCUAUUAAUAGCUGAUUCCAUCGGGUUGUUCUUCCGGCAGCAGGCGUUUGGUUUCAAUGUGCAUAUCAAAGGCAUGUUGGGAUGCUCAAUUGAAAUGAAUUGCAAUAGAUUGCUCCAAGAAAAGGGGGAAAUGACCAAGAUUGAAACGCAUGGAGUUGCGAAAUGGAAAUGGUGCUUACCCACUUUGGUCAUUACUUAUUUAUCAAUUGUUUUAUCACAGUUCAAAUCAAUUGAGCAUCCAAACGCAUUCUAACAGUCUAAAUCGUAGGGGAAUAGCUUUUCAUCUGAUUGCGAUUGUUCCGGUCCUAGCUACUGAACUCCCACGAACAACAAACUGAUACUCAAGAGCCAAUUACCGAAUCGUAGUGAAAUGCAGCGGAAUUUGAAAAUGUGAAGGGGAACGAGGAAGAAGUACUAACCA